GUGGUUUUGUUGGUGGUGGUGGGUUGGGUUGGUGUUUCAGGGUUGGAUUAUGGUGAGGCGUUGAGCAAAAGCUUGCUCUUUUUUGAGGCUCAGCGAUCAGGCAAGCUCCCUGCAAAUCAACGAGUCAGAUGGCGGGGUGAUUCAGGCCUCAGAGAUGGGUUCCUCCAAGGAGUAGAUUUGGUUGGAGGAUACUACGAUUCAGGGGACCAUGUGAAGUUUGGGAUGCCGAUGGCUUUCACAGUGACCAUGAUGGCAUGGGGAGCUGCGGAGUAUGCGAAGGAGCUCGCCUCGGUGAACCAGCUCGGCCAUACCCUAGAAGCGAUCAAAUGGGGCACUGACUACUUCAUCAAGGCUCAUCCUGAGCCCAAUGUCUUUUGGGCCCAGGUAGGUGAUGGGGAUUCUGAUCACUAUUGUUGGGAGAGAGCUGAGGACAUGAGUACGCCAAGGGCUUCGUACCGAAUCGACACUGAGCAUCCGGGUUCAGACCUAGCAGGCGAGACUGCGGCGGCCAUGGCGGCUGCUUCUAUAGCCUUUAAGCCUUACAACUCCUCUUACUCUAACCUCCUCCUGCUCCAUGCCAAACAGCUCUUCUCAUUCGGUGAUCAUUUUCGAGGGCCCUACGACCAGUCGAUCAAAAUUGCUGGACCAUAUUACCCCUGCAAAAAUGGAUACAUGGAUGAACUAUUAUGGGCUUCAGCAUGGCUUUUUCGAGCAACAGGAGAUGUGCAGUAUCUUGAUUAUGCUGUAAAGAAUGCAGCUUCUAUGGGUGGUACUGGGGUGGCUGUGAAAGAAUUCUCUUGGAACAACAAAUAUGCAGGCCUCCAAGUCCUCUUAGCUAAGGUGUUGCUCGAGGGCAAAGGUGACGCUCAUAAAUCAGUGUUAAUGCGAUACAAGGCGAAAGCUGAAUUCUUCAUGUGUGCAUGUUUACAAAAGAACAAGGGCUACAACGUCCAAAUGACCCCAGGGGGACUUUUAUACGUGGGAGAUUGGAACAACAUGCAAUUUGUUUCUUCCUCAGCUUUCCUUGUUGUUGUCUACUCUGAUUACUUGAGGGCAGCCAAUGCCCCACUUAAUUGUCCAGAGGCCCAGCUUCAUCCUUCAAAUCUCAUAAGCUUUGCACAAUCACAGGCUGACUACAUCCUGGGCAAGAAUCCAAGGGCAAUGAGCUACCUAGUUGGGUUCGGACCGAACUAUCCAACAAGAGUACACCAUCGUGGAGCAUCGAUCGUGUCCAAAGCUGUGAGCCCAGCACCAGUCAGAUGCCUUGAAGGGUUUGAGUCAUGGUUCAAUAGGGAACAGCGUGAUCCGAACAUUUUGGUCGGAGCCCUGGUUGGCGGACCGGAUCGAAACGACCGUUUCAUCGACGAGAGGAGCAAUUAUGAGCAAACCGAGCCCACCACCUAUAAUGUUGCUCCCCUUAUUGGACUCUUUGCAAAGUUGCAUUCCAUGCUUCGAAGUUCAGGUAAAAACAAUGAUUGAUUUUUAAAAAUAAUUCUCCCUUUUCUUCCAAUUCCAAUCUUUAAUACGUGAAUUAAGUCUAGAAACUUAGUGAAUUGAAGGCUAUGAAAAAAUGAACACUAUUAGUGGGAAGGUUAAAUUGGAAAAUAGGAAUUGACUCAAGACAUAGGUGGUCACGGUAGUGGGUGCGACAACAGGACGUCUUAAGUUUCAUUUCUACCAUAAGUAAAUGACCCUUUCCUACUAAUCUAUCCAAAAAUAAAUAAAUAAAUUAUACGGAAAAAUGGUGAAACGAAACAGAGUAGUAAGAGGCACAUUUUGUAUGUAUUUUCAUUAUUGUGAUUGAUCGUAAAAAAAAAUGAAGAAGAAGUUAUUUAUGAAAAACGAAAAUCACCCAAAUUUGGGGAUUAGAGAUCAAGUUCCUAGUAAAGACAAUAAUAUUCAAAAUAGGAGAGAAAUCCAAAAUAUUUACAACUAAGUUUGAGUUUAAGUUGUCCUUAAAAUGAGAGUUUCUUUUUCCAAAUAAAUUUCCUAUUAAACUUUUAGUUAAUCAUCUUGGACUUUGGUUAAGGCGUUGAUGAUUGCAACACAAUGUCCUAAGUUCAAAUCUUGCUUUUGGGUUAUGCGAAAAAAAACAAUCUAGCUAAAUUUGAAGAAAGCUAUUUGAUGGACAUUAAAUUGGAUUAAA